AUGGUGGCGGGGCAGCUCCUCGCCAUGAGCCCAUGGGUCCCGAAUUUUGAGCCGGACGCCGGCACGGUGAAGACGGCGCUGGUCUGGCUUCGCCUCCCCCGCCUUCCGCCGGAGUAUUGGUCGACCUCGAGCAUCCUCCACAUUGCGGCUAAGGCGGGCCGGCCGAUUGCGGUGGACGGGGUCACCGAGCAACAGGGGGCAAUGGGCUUUGCCCGUGUAAAGGUGGCUAUCGACACCACGGCGCCCCUGUUGCCGGGGGUUUUGAUCCAGGGAAUGAUGAAGGUGCACUGGCAGCCCUUCGUCUUCGAAAACGUGCCGGCGCUCUGCCCCCGGUGUGGGCGCAUGGGUCAUGCGGACGCCGCCGCCUGCCGUUUUCCGGCGACUGGCCGAGCCGCGGGCGGUUCGUCCUCGGGGGCGAUGGACCCUGAGGGCGGGACAGACCAGACGCCUCCGGCCACUGAGGAGGAGAACCAAGGGCCAGUCUAUGGCCCUUGGAUGGUGGCGACACGGCGGAGAGUUCCAUGGGAGAACCCUCCGCCGCGACCGGGGGAGACGAUCGGGCCCGAUAAGGGGCUUGGGUCGUCAUCGACCCGGUCGCCACCCCCGGCGGUCUGCCCGACCUCGCCGGCGUCACCGGCGGACACCGACGGUUGCCAGAAGCCAACGAAGGUCGCGCGCCGCUGGUCGCCGUUGGCCAGUGGUGGGGACAGGCCGGCCCCAGCCCCCCCAAUAGGCCCUGUCCGGGUUGCCUUGGUCGGCAACCCAGAACUCGACUCGAUCGAACCGGGGGACCCGGGGCCAAGCCGGCGGGUCGACCCGGUCGUCUCGGUCGACCUGGCCCUCCCGCGGGCCGACCCUGGGCCCAGCGGGGCGGUCGUGGCCCGGGCCCAAACUCAAAAACGGCCCAGGCCCCCAGCGGGCCUUGGCCCACAAGGGGGCCCAGGCCUGACCACCCAAAAUAUUGGGCAGGCCCAACGCGCACGGGCCCAGCUGGCUGGGCGCCGCGGCCGUGGGCCGACCCGCUUGAUCGGCGCGCCCUGCGCCAACGGCGCGCCGCUCCCCGACGACGCGCCAGGCGCAGGUGGCGCGCUGCUGGCUGCUGGCGCGCCCCGCACGGGGUCCGCGCCCGCUGUCGCGGGCGCGCCCAUUGCUGAGGGCGCGCCCGUUGCUGGGGUCCCUUCCAGUGAGCGGGGCGCGAGCUCCUUGGAACGGCAGGGCCCGCGGGCCCAACUCGCUAUGGGGCCGCAGGCCCUGUUGGCUCCGGGCCUUGGGGCUGGCCCGGGGGCCCAGGCGACCCAGGGCCUGGCUGGUGGGGGCCCAGGGGACUCUGCCCAGCCAGCCUUGGGUCCAGGGGAUCUGCUUGACCCAGUUCCCUUGGCUCAGGACGAGCUGACCAUGGCUGGGGGACCUGGGGCACCAGCAGGGCCCUUCCAGUUUAGCCCACCACGCCAGGAGCUGGCGGUGGGUCUGGGGCUCCCGCAGGCCGACGGCCAGGACCACCCCAUGGUGGGUGCGCCGAGCGAGCCGCGACUGUGGGAUGCUUUCGUGGACCCUGGAGGUGGCCCGGAUGGAGUCUUCCGCUUUGGCCCACCCCCCCGGCUGCGGGGGUGCGGGAGGACGCUACCCCAGCGUGUCAGGGCAGCAGUCAUGGGGGUCGUAUCCGUAGCUGGUGGCGAGGAGGAGGGGCGAGACUGCCGGGGCGCCGAGCCUGAGGAUGGCCCCGCGACUUUGGGAGAGGAUGAGUCUGAGGCCGACUAUGUGGACUGUGACCCAUGA